GUUUCAUUUACCGUGAGGAGGCCUUCUCCGCUGUCUCGUGAGACGUCUGACACUGGUACAGAGGACGAGAUUAUAACUGGUUUUGAUGCGAUGGGGUUCAGCGGUGCAAAAAAUCCGGCAUCUAAACCCACUGGCCCGUUAGUCAUUCCUGCGCUUGAAAACCGUGAUUGGAGGGCUGCAGCUCGAAAACGACAGGCCAUAGGCACAUUCGUUCCCGAGAGCGCUCGGGCAGCUACAGGUGCCGAUGGCAGCGUAGGUGGUCUCGGCACGCGCGCUACAAUAAAUUCCGGUUCACAACAAGUUGGUCUCGUCAUGAAGUCGCGUUCUAUAGAGGGCGAUGCAAAGAUGGAAGAUGAAAAGCCUCAGGACAGGCGGGAGGACACAACGACGGAAUCCGAUAAACUGCCGGAGCAGCUCACCGAAGACGAACGAGCUCUACGCGCCAUCCUCCAAGGUGAUCUCGCUGAAGCCACUAUCCAGAUUGAUGUUAUUCCCCCUACGAGGAGCCGAACCGAGACGGAGGCCUACAGAGAAGAUGUUGUGACGCUUCCUGACAGCGCGACGCUUGACGAUUAUCAACGUGUACCUGUGGACCAGUUUGGCGCAGCGCUUCUGAGGGGGAUGGGUUGGAAGGAAGGGACGUCCGCCAGUCGGACGAGAACAGGCCCUGUGGAGCCGUACUUGCCCGAAGCACGACCAGCACUUUUGGGAAUAGGUGCAAAGGAGCGGCCACCCGAAGACAUUCCCAGCGGGUCUGCAGGCGCAUCAAGGAAAGAUGGAAAGCGAUUUUCCAGGCCAGAGAAGAAGUACAUCCCACUGCGAUAUGAAUCAUCUUCACCAAUCCCACGAUCCUCGUCCUCCUCGCGACGACCGUCGCGCUCUCCUCCUCCUCGCACCAAACACAGUGAGCGCGGUGGCAGUGACCGCGACUACGACCGUGAUAGGUCGUUAUCCCGUCGUGACUCAGCACGGAUCGAUGAUCGCAGGCGUGACGAGGAUAGAGAGCGCAGGGAACGCGAACGUGAAGGGGAUAGGGACCGCGAAAAGGGUAGAGAUAAAUACGACGACCGCGAACAUCGAAAAGACGGAGACAAGGACCGAGAUAGGGGUAGGGAUCGUGAUGCGUAUCAAAGUGACAGCCGAUUAUCUGAAAAGGACCGG